GUUUGCCGGAAACAGAAAGGAGGAAAAAGGAAGAGAGUGGAAAUACAUCGCUUGCCAAAAGUUACACAAAGCGGCGACUAAAUCCCGUGUGGCAACGGCUAGCUGCAUGCGUGCAUAUUUAACACACGUUUAUUAUCGCACUUUUUUAUGUAUUUAAAGGAGCGCAUUGGCUUUUGUAGAGCUCGAGUCCCCAGCCAGUAGCCUGAGAACUUGCUGUUGCUGGCUAGUGUUAGCUAAGUAACUUGCUACAACCGCUGGCAGGUUUAUCGCCAUUUUGCGCCUAUACAGCUCGAGAAUUUCGCCAGAAUCAAGGUGGUGAAUUUUGUAGCAUGGCAGAGGCGGACCGACCAGGGAAGCUCUUCAUCGGUGGACUGAACACCGAGACCACCGAGAAGGCCCUGGAGCAGUACUUCAGCAAAUAUGGCAGGAUUGUCGAAGUUCUUUUGAUGAAGGACCGUGAAACAAACAAAUCAAGAGGCUUCGCUUUUGUUACUUUUGAAAGCCCAGGUGACGCUAAGGAUGCAGCACGUGAGAUGAAUGGAAAGUCGCUUGAUGGCAAGCCUAUCAAAGUGGAGCAAGCUACAAAACCUCAGUUUGAGAGUGCUGCUAGACGAGGACCUCCACUCUUGCACUCCCGCAGUCGUGGGCCACCCAGAGGCCCCCGUGGAUCCAGGGGAGGUCCUGGUGGUAUUAGGGGCCCACCAUCCAGAGACUACUAUGAUAAUUCAGGGAAUGGAGAAACUUUCUUUAAAGGGAUGUCAUCCAGAGGUCCUCCUCCAAUGAAGAGAGGACCCCCAGUUCGCAAUGGAGGUCCCCCACCCAAGAGGUCUGCUCCAUCUGGUCCCAUGAGCAGACCCCCUAUGUCAAGAGACAGGGAUCCCUAUGGUCCACCCCCUCCUCGCAGAGACUCCAUGAUGUCUAGAAGGGAUGAUUAUCCAUCACCAAGAGAUGACCAUUACAGUUCAAAAGACAGCUACUCCAGUCGCGAUUAUAAUUCCAGAGACUCAAGGGACUAUGGACCUCCACCCAGAGACUAUUCUUACCGGGAAUACUCAAAUUCCAGUUCUCGAGAUGACUAUGGCUCAAUGUCAAGAGGAUACAGUGACCGUGAUGGUUAUGGUGGUGGCCGGGAACCCAGAAGCUACAUGGACCGUCCAAGUGGUGGAUCCUAUAGAGAUUCGUAUGAUGGUUACGGUAACUCUCGCAGCGCCCCACCUUCACGGGGCCCCCCACCAUCCUAUGGUGGGAGCAGUGGAAGCAGUCGUUACGAUGACUAUGGCAGCAGUUCCCGGGAUGGCUAUGGCAGUCGUGACAGUUACCCCAGCAGUCGGAGUGACCCAUAUCCACCUAGCCGUGGUGAGCGAAUGGGCAGGCAGGAGAGGGGCCCAGCCCCCCCUGUCGAGAGAGGCUACCCUCCUCGUGAUUCGUACAGCAGCUCAAGUCGUGGAGGGCCACGUGGUGGCCGUGGUGGCAAUCGACCUGAUAGAGGAAUGGGUCGCAGCAGAUACUGAACUGGACUUGGAAAUCACAUUAAAGCAAACAUUAGUCUCCAUGCACAGUUAACAAGUGUUUUGGAUGAAGUCUGAUGACAAACUAGCCAUGUCUAGAUCUGUGGAAUAUAAACCUUAGCUUUGAACUGUGUCUUGACUUUCCCAUUUUUUUAAUGUGUAAAAGUUUUUUUCCUUUUUUUUUUUAGUAGCUUAUUUCUCUUGCUCAUGUAACAGUACACGUACCAAGUGGGUGUUAGUUUUUGUACAUUCAGUGCUGUUGGAAUCUGCAAUGCCCUAUGAGUCUGGCUUUCCUACUCUAAUAAAGCUUUUAGUUGUACCUUGA